AUGGAGCGCCUGCAGCGUGUCGGUGCCCGCCCCGGCCCCAACCUCGCCCCCGAUGCACCCACGUCCACGUCGGAGCUGCCAAAGCCAACAUUCCAGCCCGGCAGCAGCAUCUACGAGAUGGAUUCCAGCGGCCGGCUGCACCGCUUCCAGUGCGGCCGUGUGCUCGGCCGCGGCGGCUUCGCCAAGUGCUACGAGGUGUCAGACGAGACCGGCACCUACGCGCUCAAGGCCGUCAACCGCGCGUCGCUGGAGAAGCCUAAGACACUGCAGAAGCUGCACAGUGAAAUCAGCAUCCACCGCCGCAUGAAGCACAAGCACGUCGUCGAGUUUCUACGCACCUUCCGCGACCGCUACUACGUGUAUAUGCUGUUGGAGAAGUGCGACCACGGCACGCUGAUGGACCUGCUCAAGGUGCGUCGCUUCACCGUGGCGGAGACGCAGUACGUGAUGCUGCAGUGCCUGUCAGCACUGCAGUACAUGCACAGCGAGUGCGUCAUCCACCGCGACCUGAAGCCCGGCAACAUCAUGCUGGACAGAGAGCUCAACAUCAAAAUUGGCGACUUCGGCCUCGCCGCAGAGCUGCAAUACGACGGCGAGCGCAAGCGCACUAUCUGCGGCACGCCAAACUACAUCGCCCCUGAGAUCAUCGACCACAAGAGCCACGGCCACAGCUACGAAGUGGACACGUGGUCGCUCGGCGUCAUUCUGUACACGCUGCUGGUGGGUCAGCCGCCGUUCCAGAUGGAGGAUGUGGAGUCGACAUACAAGCGCAUCCGCCAGUGCCGCUACGACUUCCCCGCCAGCGUGCCGGACAACGCGCGUGAUCUCAUCACCCAGAUCCUGCAGAGCAGCCCGGCCCACCGCCCCACCCUGAUGGACAUCCGCCAGCACUCCUUCUUCUCGUCGUCGCCACCGCCGCCGCUGACACCGCCGGCGUCGCUUGCGUCCUUUGGCCUGCCGGUUCCCGGCGCCACCGCGUCCGCACCGAUGACGACGACCGCAGCAGUCACCACCACGCGCUGCGCGCGCCGCGGGCCGGUAGUGGACAUGCAUCACCCGCUGCCAGCGCCAUAUGGCAAGGACCUGUUGGGUGCUCCCGCACAGCGUGAGGUGCUGCGGCCCAUCAACGCCAACGUGCCACCGCCACACGGCGCGCCGACGUCGCCACGCCACCUCGCAAACCUCAAGCAGCAGCAGGUGACGCCGACCCCGACGCUCCCUGGCAUCGACGCGCACGCGCGCGGCGAGAUUCCACGCAGUGCACCUGCGACAGCAGUGGUGCCGCUCUCGGGCCGCUGCCCCGCGUCGCCGCAGCAGCAACGCCGCGACGACGCCAACGCAGACGAGGAGGAGAAGCAGCAGCUGACGGCGCUGCACGACCACCUGCACCAGACCUUGUGCGGCGACGCCACCGCCGCCGAUGCUGCCGACAGCGAGGCGCCGCCGCCGCCGGUGUGGGUCACCCAAUGUGCCGAUUUCUCGUCCAAGUACGGCAUGGCGUACCGCCUCAGCACCGGCCAGACCGGCGCGCACUUCAACGACUCCACCAAGAUCGUCUGGGAGCCCAUCACGGACCGCGUGGAAUAUUAUGCGCGCGUCAAGAUCGAGAUGCCGGCACGCGACGGCGGCACCGGACUCUUCGCGAAGGACGAGCUGCAGGUAUUCAGCAUGCACAGCUACCCGCCGGAGCUGGAGAAGAAGGUGACACUAACCAAGUACUUCAAGACCUACCUCAGCCGCGUGCAGAGCUCGCCGGACAGGGUAGCGGUGGUGGCGUGCUCACCCUUCCUGCCGGUGGCACCGCCACGCUGCACCGACCCACACACGUCCAGCGACUUUGUGUACGUCAAGCGCUGGCUGCGCGUGGACAGUGCGCUCGUGUUCCGGCUGUCAAACAAGACGGUGCAGGUGUGCUUCGAGGACGGCGCCGAGAUCAUCCUGAGCUCGGAGUGGCGCGUGGUGACCUACACGACACCGUCGGGUCGUCGCCGCACGCUGCCGCUGAGCGUGGUGGCGACGGAGUGGGAGGAAGCGGCGGAACGGCUGCGUAGCACCAAGAGCGUAUUGUAUCAGGUCAUCCGCGAUCAUUGCCUGUAG